UUAUAAAUUGUUUUUAAAAGGCAUUAAUAAGGACAAUAUUUGAAUGAUUAUUAGUGUUUUAAAAAGUGUUACAUGUGAAUGCUUUCUCAAAGUGACAAACAUUUUAAUAUGAAACGUCAAAUGUAAACAGAUUAUAUCACUGGAUUUUCACAUUUCAUGAUAUGGGACGAAAUCAAUAUUGUCAGUCAGCUGAUCACAGAGCCUAGAUAACUCUGCCAUCAUUGAAUUUUCGAAAGAUUUCGUGUCCAGUGACUAAAGUCUUCUGCACUGAAUGGAACUUCUGACCAAGAGGACUUUUCAAAAAUAAUAAUAAAAAACACGAAAAGUCGGACUUACAGCAACAAACUUGCACCGGAUUUAGUAAUGAAGUAGUCGGAUAAAUAAACUCCAAAGUGGAUUUUUAAAGAACAAAAAAUGGAGUUUAAGAAUAUUUGGGCGUACUUUGCUUUCACUUUUUAUUUGUCCAUUACUUCUGCAGAGAGUAUUAGUGUUAACUUUGAAGCAGAAGAGGAAAUCAACGGACAACAAUACCUUGGCAAUCUUAUCACUAAAGUUAACGACAGCGUUGGCAAUGACUUGGAUGGAUACGGAUUUCAAAUUCCAAAUGGCGUUUACAGUGGAUACUUUACGGUCAAUGAAAGCGGCGACUUUAGUGCUGUUCAAAAAAUAGACCGCGAAAGUAUUUGCUCAGCACCCAAAUGUGUGCUCCAACUAAAUGUGUAUGCAAUUUCACAGGCAGAUUUUCUAACGAUCGAAGUAAAUGUUGAAAUAAUGGACACCAAUGAUAAGAUCCCAGAAUUUUCCAGCAAUGUUUUUCGUCUCUCGAUCCAAGAAGGUAAUGCUCUUGGAAGCACCUAUGAGCUUCCGUCUGCUGUUGAUCUCGACACAGGAAUCAACAGGAUAAAAAACUUUGUUCUUGAGCCAAAUGAUGGAAGCUUUUCACUGGAAAACCAUACCAACCUUGAUGCCUCUAUUGGACUUAAUCUUAGAAUUAACUUAACUCUUGACCGUGAAACAAUAGACUUGUACCAGCUUUUGGUGAAAGCAAUAGAUGGCGGUAGUCCUGCACUCACUGGUACUCUAACUGUCAAUAUUAACAUUACAGACAUUAAUGAUAAUCGACCUGUGUUUGAUCCACAAAAAUACAAUGUCACUAUCGAUGAAGAUGUAGCAGUGAAUACUGAACUCGUCAUUGUUACUGCAACAGACAGAGACAUAGGCGAAAAUGCUAGGUUAUCUUACAGUUUCACAAAAAUGGAACCUCAGUCGAUUCAGAAUGUUAUUGCCAUUGAAGAAGCAACUGGUAAAAUAUUCAUAAACCAAAGGAUUAACUCCCAAACUGGACCAUUUACGCUGUUCGUUGAAGCUGCUGAUCAUGGUAAUCCAGUUAAAAGGAGUUAUCAAGCUGAAGUCAUCAUAAAUGUCAGAGACAUUAACAAUAACGCCCCUCAAAUAGUGACAAUCACUUACAUAAAUAAUAGAAAAAUCAGAGAAGAUGUAGCAGAAGGGUUUCUUGUGGCCAUUUUUGAUGUUAGGGAUGCAGAUACAGGCGAAAAUGGUGAUGUCACAUGCACUUCUGAAAACGAGAAUUUUUCAAUCAGGAAAGGAGAGAAAAACUCUAUGAACAUUUUUCAGUUUAGUAUUCAUGUUCAUUCAAAACUUGACAGAGAAGUGAAAAGCUCACAUGACAUACUGAUAAAUUGUUCUGACAAUGGUGAAAUCCCUCUGCAUUCAAACACAUCAUUCACUGUAGCUGUUGAAGACGUCAACGAUAAUGCACCCUUUUUUGCUCAGCGUGAAUACUCAAAGGAUAUCUUUGAAAAUGUAACAUCCGGAGCUGUUCUGUUGAAAGUGGUAGCUACUGAUAGAGACGACGGUCCAAAUGCCAGGCUUAACUACAGUAUUGUCCCUACCAAUGCAAUGAGUAUGUUUUACAUUGAAGCAGAUGGUAUCAUUCGAGCAGUGCGACCAUUUGAUAGAGAAGAGAAGGAUUAUUAUCAGUUUAAUGUGAUCGCUAAGGACAAUGGCAAUCCAAGUCUGAAUGACACUACUGUUGUAGAAGUUAGAGUUUUGGAUAUCAAUGACAACUCUCCAAAAUUUACCGGCGACAGUUACGCAAUGGCUGUUCUCGAAAAUAGUAACGUUAGUACAAGCAUUGGACAAGUAACUGCAACAGAUGAAGAUUUAGGUGAAAAUGGACAGGUUUCUUUUGUCAUACCUUAUGAAUUCCCAGAGGAUUUAUUUCCAUUCCAUGUUCUCGAUGAUGGUACAGUCAUUACAAAGGAAGUCUUGGACAGAGAGGUGAAAAGUUUGUACAAGUUUGAGAUUCUUGCUUCUGACCACGGUAAUCCGCCAAAGUCUACAAGAGUGCCGGUGAUGGUUACAGUCAGGGAUGUCAAUGAUAACAAACCAUACAUUGAAAUACCAGGAGAUAAUGAAAACAACAGCAUUUCCAUUCCGCACAACACUGCAAAGAACACUGUCAUAUACACUGUUGUUGCUACUGACGCUGAUGAAAACCAAGAAGAUGAGUUGCAAUACAGUAUAAUAGCAGGAAACUCUAAAGAGCUGUUUCAAAUAGAUUUAGUCAAGGGUGAAAUAUUUCUUACUCGUGAAGUCAAAGAUGAUGAUCCAAAACAGUUUACACUGGAAAUAUCAGUCAAAGACAGUCAGGAAUUUCCACUGGAAUCCACAGCCGAAUUACAUAUCAGCGUCUUCAUUGCCAAAGGGGUUAUGGGACCAGAAACAAGUGCAGCAUCUACUGGUCAGAACAUCCUCAUUGCCAUUAUUAUUUCCUGUGUCACUGUCAUCCUUUCCAUCAUCAUUAUCACCAUAAUUUGUGUCUUGAAACGCAAGGACAACCAAAAAGCACUUUACAAUGCCAAAGCCUACGAUGAACAAAAAAUAAUCUCUGAUCCCAGCAGAAGUAGCAAUCGCUCGAAUUCAUCCCGAGGAUCAAGAGACAAGAUGCUGUUCCCUCCAGAACCGGUUUACCCAGGCGAGAUGAUGUUUAUCGAGAACGGCUUUGGGAAAAAGCAGGUUAGCUUUUCCGUGGAUGAGGAACAGGACACAGGAAUCUCCAUUGAGGCGAGCGGCCAGUUUGACCCUGUCACUUCCUUCAAGUCUCCAUCUCCGGUACCAGUCCAGUCUCCUGAUUACCAGAACUACCAGAAGGAAGUUUCUCCUCCGCGUUCGGAGAAGAGUGACGACACGAAACAGCGGGAAAUCCACAGGAUGACAUCGCUCCGCGUACAUCAGGCACUCAUACAGUCUCACAACAACAACAAUAACAACAACAGCAAACAGUGGCCACAAUCAUCACAAGAAGAGCUGUCCGGCCAGGGGAGGGGAUAUAUUGGAUUGGCGAGGGGGAAGGGUCAUCACCUGGACGACACACACAGCGAAUCUUCAGGGGAGACAACCACUAGCGACUCCGGGCGAGGUGGCAGCGAGGAAGACAUUCGUAAUAUUACCAUCUCGCAUGACACAGAUGAGUCACGAAGCCCUAACACCUCAACCGCCCAUCCAUUCUACUCCACAGACGCCCAGUCUCCGACCUUUACAUCGUUCCAUGGCAACAGCGUACACAAAGCCGGUCCAGUCCUCUCAGCCUUCCUCAAGAAAAAACAGAACCGUAGGAAUAGCAAUAGUGAAGAUAAAAACAAUCAUAAUUCCUACGCCAUGAAUGACUUGUCUAACCCCCAACGGGGAGGGGUUCCUAGUGUGUAUUCAUACAGACCUAACGAUGGCGGUGAAUCGCCGAGAGUGAAUAAUACUUUUAAUUUCGAUCCUCAUUAUGGACCAAGCAUGACUACUUUUGGCCAUUUAAAGAAUAAUCUAGAUGCCAAUCCAUUGUUACAUUCAUCAAAACAGUCCAACUUGAAUCCAGCUAAUUCCUUUGAGAAUGAUAGCGUUACGGGACGAUCUCAAGACGAUGAUAAUACAACAACAACAUCAGGUAGCUACACCAUCAAUGACAUUCAGGAUGACAUUCUUGCUUCUGAUAUGCCACAGGACAUGUUUUACAAGCCAGACACGUUUGUCUGACGUGGCUUUUGUGAUCAUAUUUGCCUUGGUUAAAAGUGCUAAUAUUGACUGCUUGAAAAGAUAUUAAAACAAAGGGGGACAACCAGAGAUGCUGGUAAUCUGGGAUAAAGUGAAUUACCUCCCUUUUCGUUUGUUGAUAUGAACUAAAUGUUGAUCAAGGGAGAUUACCUGAGGUUAACUUAUACUCAUUAAACAAGGGAGGUCACUUGAGGCUAACUUAUACUCACUAACAAUCAAAAUGUGAUAUGGACAGGAUAUGCAGGGUUUUGCAUAAUCAAUUCCACAAUAUUUGUGGUAAUGUUCCAGAUGUAUGGAGGCUAUGUACCAAAUGUUGCUAGUAUGGUGUAUUGUAUAUGACUGUGUUCGCCAGUGAAAAUAUUGAUAGUGUAUAAAUCAAAUUCAAAAUAUAUUCACUUGUGUGAAUGCUUAUAAGAAAAGCAUUGAAAGAUUUGUGUACUCAGAUAUAAAAAUGAUUGUCAUGCCAUUUUAUUGCCAUUUUUAAUUAUGAAAAACCAAAAAACAAGGCUUCAAUUCAAAACACUGUGUUUGGUCAUAAUCGAUUGUAGCUGAUGUUGCAACGAUAAAUCGAUUAUAUUGGAUUAUUGCACAAUACUGAAGUACACCAAGUUUUACACUUCAAUUAAAUACCCAUAUUACUUCACAUUUAUUACAACUUAUAAUGCAGCUUUCUUACGAUGAUCUCAGACUUAUGCCUUACUGUGUGAAAUUAAUCAUGUUUCGUUUCUAUUUCAAUUUGGUAGGGGCAAUUAUUAAAAAAAUAUAAGUGAACCCUGUGGGGACUUGGAACUUAAUAAGGAUGUAUGAAAUCUGUAAUUAUCUCCUUUUUAAGAGUUUUGGGACCUUCAAAGGAUAAUAUUUUAAACAUAAUUGAGAUAAACUAUGUUUUGGGUUAUGGAAUCAAUUUUAAGUAAGAUUUAGGCUUAAUGAAAUAUGAUAAUAAAACAUAUAACACUCAAGAUGUUUCAUGAGAUUUGGGCCGGAGACUGCAUUCUAUAACUGAUGCAUGUCUAAGGAUGCUUAGAAUGAUAUUGGACAAAGCCCUUGGGUUUAAACUUUUAUAUUAAACAAAUAAUAAAUUCUUCAUUCAUUUCCUACUGUACUAUAUGUUUUUGUUUCUUGUGUUAUUUAUAUCAACUAAUUGGUGUUCAUUUGUUGUUCUGUUUUCUAUGAUUUUGUAAUAUAGUGAAUUUUGAGAUAUUGUAUAUUAUUCAGGGAUCAUGAAUUCCACACACAUUUUUGAUCAGAUUAUAUAAUAUAUUCAUAAUAAAUAAGAGAAAAAAGAUGCUAGAAAAAUAAUAAAAUAUUU